AACUGGAUUAUUAUAGCCAGCAUGACCAACAGUCAAAGAACAGUGAAGAGGUGCAAGAAUGGGAUACUGGUUGGGUUCAGGGACCGGAAAAAGUGAUCGUGGAGGUUCAUGAAACAGCGACUGAUUCAUUUGAUCUGAUAGAAACAAGCACUGUAUAUAAUUCCUCGGAAAUUUUAGAAGGCUCCGGACCAAACAUAGUUGUAAGACCAGAGGAAGCGCUUAUUGUAAUUUUUGUACUUAUACUAUGGAUAGGUGCAAUCGGUCUCUUUUUCCAUCGCUGGGGAAAGAUUCGAAUGUUAGAACCUUAUCAGCCGAAGUUCAUACAGCAGCACAGAGGUUCGUGUCCAUUGGUGGAUCUAAAUUUGGACUUACCACCCGUACCACAGAGAUCAUCAUUAUCCAAAAUGUCUUUAGGUCUACAAUCCACAGUAACGUCGGUUUGCUCUGGAGGAUAUAAAGGAUAUAUGCGUCCACGGCAAAACUCUGUUUUUGUCGGUCCUCACGUAGUUUCACCUCCACAACCACCUCGGAAAACACGUUCAGCUGUUGACAUCCACUCGAUGAUACUCACCGAAGGCGAGUUAGAGGCGGUCUAAUUACUACAUUCAUUUCAUAGUCCAUCCUUCCAGCCAACCGACCAACCGAAAAUCAUGAACAGAGAAAGAUGCAUCCUAUAAAACAACUCAAUAUUUUUAUAUCGCGUUAUAUACAUAUUUACAUCUAGUUGCGUUUUGUAUGAAAGACGUCGAGAGAAAUUGAAGAAAUGAAAGCAGUUAUCGUAAACACAGUUCACCCUCGUUGAAUAUUGCCAAACAGUAGAUCAUGUUCCCUCAUAUUUGAAGUGUUGUUUAUACUCGUACCGUUUUACGACCAAACUAAACGUUGUUUCUCGAUACUAACAUGUGUGGGUUUGAAUAGACCAAACGGGUUAUACUUAUAUAAAAUUCAGGCGUAAUACCAUUUAUGAUAUACUGAGAGAAAGGAAUUCUAAAUAAAGCCUAUAAAUAACUAAGAAACAAUAUAAUGCAAUAUACAGCAUUACUUCAGCCAUUAUUAUACAGUAUUUUGCUAUCACUGCAUAUAUCAUUUAAUUCAGUUAGGUUUGAAAUGCAUCUAAGGUAAUCACUCAUCAGAUGACGAACAUAACGUUCGCUAAUAUUUUCCAAAAAAUCGCCAAAGUUGAAGUCAAUUCUCAUCAGUCGAUAUUGACAUAUGAUUUUUCCUAUUUCUCAUUUUUUUCAUAGUUAAUAGAAAUAUUCUUUAGCCAUAUUAUGAGCGAUAUCAUGAAGAGCAAAUAUCUGUCAUACGCUCAAAUGAAUAUUGACAUAUAUUUAGAAUUCAUACAUUACCGGUACAGUAUACCACUAAAUAUCAAUUAUGAAUUGUUUAUAUCUCUAACACAAAACAGAAUAAAAAAAGUAGUAAUUGUUGAUGAAUAUAAAACAA